AUGACUACAGAACUAUACCCAGAUGAUUAUUUUGGUGGCCAAGACAAAUUUGACCCCAUAAUAGACCACACGAACGAACGUCGUUGGCUUAUUAACGAAAUCAUCAAACCGGAACUCCCAAACAUCAUAGACAACGUAGAAAAAUGUCUCGAUAUGCUACAUAGUGAUCAGAUAUUCAAGAUGCCCAUUAGUAAUGGUACUAAUGGGGUGGAUUCCUCACAAUCAAACGAUUUGCCCUCCAUUAAGGGUGUCAUCACGAGACAAGGUGGAUACGUAUUGGAUUUCCAGGCAGUAGUACGAUUUAAGGAGUUCAAGAAGGGGAGACCCACGUUAUAUCGAAUGAACACGGGCAGGAAGUACCCUUUGUUACAGUUGGAAUCCAUCAUUGAUAACCUGACUGAAUUAUUGAAAAUGUUGGAGGAUUUAGAGUUAGUGGAAGAUGUUCAAGAAUUUGCAGAUACAUUUGGUAUUGUACUAAAAUUAUUGACUGCCUCCACUCAAUUGUUACAGAACCCGCCACAAGAAUUGAUUUUCCCCUAUAAUAAUAAUUAUAUUAUGAAGCAAAUGUUUCAAGAUUGUCAGAAUAUUUGCGAGUCCACUCAUCAUGAAAUAUCACUAGAAUUGGUGCUGUUUAAGAAUGAGAUAAGUAUAGACUUCAGGAAUUUGGCCAAAGUAACCAAGAAACCUUGGAGUGAAAUCGAUCCAACUACAGGUAAAUCGAUAACGGAUAAAAUUAAAGAUCAAUUGAAAACUGACAGGGAUAAGAGCACUACGGAAAUUCUCACAGAGAAUGGGGUACAUAUUGAGCAACCAAGUUUAUUGAAUAAUAUUAUGAUGUCUACAUUCAACACAGAGGCAACAACGCUUGCGGAAGCUCAGAGGUUUUUAAGCAGAUGUGUAACUUUUGAUAAUAAAGUUGUGACAGAGUUAGAAAAAUUAGCCAUUACAACUAGUGAUCCCUCUCUGAUCAGUAUAACUUCCAAAUUGGCAGCUUUGGAUGGUACCAUUAGUAAUCACUACAUCAAUCUUACCGUGGAAGAGUGUAUAAUAAAUAACUGA